CCAGUAUCCCCACGGAUAUCCCAGUAUCCUCAGAUAUCCCAGUAUCCACAGGGAUAUCCCAGUAUCCACGCUAGGAGAGGCUGAGGAGCGAACCGCGCUGUUAAAUCCCCUGAGGACACACCGAGGUCACUUCACCAGAGGAAAACCCGGCUCUUUUCUUUUUUUUUUUACUUUUUGAAAGCGUGAAAACAACUUAUUCCCAAAACGUUCCGGGAGUGCUUUUCUCAGGUGUCUGGAUCCAAAUCUCGUGGCCGCACUCAAAAUCCAGAAGAUGAUGCCUUGAUUGCACGAGGAGCAGCGCGGCGCGGCCACAUUCCCAGAUUUUCAUCGCGUGGAUGCUGAGAGUUCCUCGGGGGAGGAGCUUUGCCGGGGGUCUCCUGAAGGAUGGAGAAGAAGAAAAUCCUGAUGAAGUCCAAAGCUGCUGCUCCCAACCUCCUGAGGGCUCUGCAUUCCCUGUACCGGCUGGGGCUGUUCUGCGAUGUGACAGUCCUCACCCAGCACCUGGGAAUCCAGGAGGAAUUCCUGGCUCACAAAGCCGUCCUGGCUGCUUCCAGCAACUACUUCAGGGGGCUUUUCCUGCACCAGGAGAUGCUGGACGCCCCGAAGUGCACGGUGACCCUGCAGGACAUCUACACCGAGGAGUUCAACUCCUUCCUGGAGUUCGUGUACACGGCUGAGGUGGAGAUCGAGGUGGGGAAGCUGCAGCGGAUGAAGGAGAUCGCGGAAAGGCUGGAAUGCAAGGAUCUGCUGGACAUCUGCGAAGAAGUGAAGGUAGAGGACAGGAAGGGCUUGGAUUUGAACCUCCACCUGAAAGGGCAGAGGGAUGAAAAUGGGGGGUCACAGUGGCCUCCCGUCCAGCAAGAGGAGAACCCCAGGAGCUCUUCCCAGAUCAUGGCGAUGCCCAUGCAGAGGAGACUUUGGAAUAGGCAGAAACAUAAGGAGCUGCUGCCGGGCUAUGAGCUCACUGGAGGCCAAGCAGGAGCCGUGAAGCAGGAGGCCACAGAUUUUCCAGCCCCAAAAUCCAGGCCAGCAAAGCCACCCAAGAUGGAUUCCCGAAGCAGACCGGGUGUCGCCAGCCUGCAAAACAAGGAUGGCCGCUCCCUCCGCGGGACGCAGGAGCCGAAGAAGGAAUCCCAGGUGUGUCCGUACUGUGACAAGGCCAUCAGCUCCAAGCGUGGCCUGGCCCUGCACAUCCGCACACACACCGGGGACAGGCCCUACCACUGCCAACGCUGCCCCGCCAGCUUCGCCCACGGGGCUGCCUACACCUCCCACCUCAGGAAAAUCCAUGAGUCUGGGCAAGAGAGGAAACUCCUGCCUGUCUGUUGGAUGGUGGUUCCACCCACGAGCCAUGACAAAGAUCCCAACAGAGAGACUUGGGAUGGGACACCAGAAACCUCAGGGUAUGGGGAAGACCCCGGGAAUCCAUCUGCUGCUGAAGCAGAAAGGAGCAAGGAGCAAAAGGAAUUCCAGGAAGGUGAAGAAGGGAACAAAGCUGGAGGUGGAAUGAGUGUGAAGGGUGAGGAGCAGGGAGACUAUGACACAGGAUCCUCGGAAGUGGAAGGAAGCAGCGACAACGAGGAAUGUUCUGAGGAGGAGGAGGAGGAGGAUGAAGCCUCAGCAGAGAAGGAGAGCAGAGAACCCAACGCAGGAGGUGGAGUGAGUGUGAAGAGCGAGGAGGAUCAGGGAGACUAUGACCCAGGAUCCUCAGAAGUGGAAGGAAGCGAGGACAGCGAGGAAUGUUAUGAGGAGGAGGAGGAGGAUAAAGCCUCAGCAGAGGACACCAGAAAAUCCAAAGCAGGGUCCAAACCAAAGAAGGGCAGUAAAAGUGCAGCCAGGAAGAAAUCCACCCGCGUGAUGCACUGCGACAAGUGCCAGGAGCAGUUUGUUUCCUGGCAAAAGUACGUGGCUCACUGCCGGGAUGUGCACCAGAGCCUGCCGGGCAAGGCAUACCGCUGCGAGGAGUGCGGCAAGGCCUUCGCCAGCUACACCAGCUGCAAGGAGCACCGCGCCUGCGUGCACAGCGACGAGAGGCGCUUCUCCUGCCCCCUCUGCCAGGCCACCUUCAAGAGGAAGCGGGAUGUGAAGACUCACAUCAUGAGGAAGCACGAGGGCAGGAUCAAGCGGCCGCUGUGCUCCAUGUGCGGCAAGAUACUGAGCUCCCCCACGGCGCUGGUGUUCCACAUGCGCACCCACACCGGAGAGAAGCCCUACGAGUGUACCGUGUGCCACGCCAGGUUUGCUCAGCCUUCCCAGCUCAAGAUCCACACCAGAUCCCACACUGGGGAGAAGCCCUACGUUUGUGAGGAGUGCGGCGUUUCCUUCGUCGACAGAGGAAAACUCAACAGCCACAAAAGGACACACACAGGAGAGCGGCUCUUCAGGUGCGACGUGUGCGGGAAGCACUUUGCCACCAACGAGUACCUCAAGUGCCACAAGCGCUGUCACCUGGGAGCCAAACCCUACAAGUGCGAGGUCUGUGGGAAAACCUUCGGCCUCAGAGCCUCCCUGGUCCAGCACAGCAACGUCCAUGCAGAGACCCGUCCGUAUUCCUGCGAGCAGUGUGGGAAGGCCUUCACUCAGCAGGGAGCUCUGCGCCGGCACCAGCGCAUCCACACCGGGGAGAAGCCCUACAAGUGCAGCGCCUGCGGAAGGGCCUUCACCGACAUGUCCACCCUGCGCCGGCACGUGGUGGUCCAUGACCGGAACGCUCACUGGAAAAGCUUCGUGAUCGACCUCACACAGAAGAAAGAGCACAAUUGGUCCAAAAUCGAGACUGUAGCGCAAGUGCAGCCAGGAGGAGAUCCCGGGCCGGAAGUUUGGUCUGUUCUCCACGGGGAACUUUAUAAACCAGAAAGUGCUAAAGCAGCAGCAGCAGAAGCAGCAGCAGCAGAAGAAGAAGAAAAAGAAGAAGAAGCAGCAGCAGCAGCAGCAGCAGCAGAUGUGACACCUGCCCCUGGGGACACCGGGGACACUGACCCCUCCCUUUUGUCUUUGUAAAGCCCAUUUGAGCCCCAAAAAUGGGCGGGUUGAGGCCGAAUGGUGGGAAUUACCCUUUGGAACGCAGGGAAUUGUCCCCUGCCAUCACUGCAGCUGCCUCGGGAGCUGUGCUGCGGGUGGUAAAGGGUGUUUAUCCCGCUGAAAUGUUUGCAUCUCUGUCCAGAGGUCUACUUCUCCCAAAGCUGUGGGAACAUCCCAUUGGGAAUGGGCAGGGCGGGGUGUGCAUUUAUACAAACACAGCGCGCUGUAAAUCCCCAAGCUCUCCUUUAAUAAAGCUGUCAGUGCCGCCGA